UGCGCGCGAUGGGAGCCCGGCGCCCGCCAAUCGCAGUCGCGGCGGUUGACGCGGCGAGGGCGGAUCUUUGCGAGAGGGUAGGGGAUAGCUCUGGACGCCGGCUUCGCAGGCGCACCGGGAGAAGGAAGUGCUAGAGUUUCCUCAAGUCAGGAAUGCCUCUCUUUGGGAGUAUAUUCAGUCCAAAGAAGACCCCUCCUCGGAAGUCUGCCUCUCUCUCCAACCUGCAUUCUUUAGAUCGGUCAACGCGGGAAUUGGAGCUGGGCCUUGACUAUGGAACUCCCACCAUGAACCUGGCAGGGCAAAACCUGAAGUUUGAAAAUGGCCAGUGGGUAGCAGACACAGUGAUUAGUGGGGGCGUGGAUCGGAGGGAGACUCAGCGUCUGCGCAAACGGAACCAGCAGUUGGAAGAAGAGAAUAAUCUCUUGCGGCUCAAAGUGGACAUCCUACUGGACAUGCUUUCAGAGACCACUGCUGAGUCGCACUUAAAGGACAAAGAACUGGAUGAGCUGAAGGUUACCAACCGCAGGAGGAAGUGACGUGCCUGUGAACACUCCCGAGGGUAGCAGAAGGAGCCACUGACCCCUGGCGGGGAAGGGGAGGUGGCAGGGCCCUUUGGUUUUUAGUCAAAUGAAUAGACUUGCCCUAGGAGAGAGUGUUCACAGACCCAUGCUCCCUUGGAUUGGGGGUGGGGAGGUAGCGUGGGAUGAAAGGAACAAGGUUCUAAGCCAGGCCUUAGCUUGGGAGACGCCACAGACACCACCCAGGGUGUCAACCUAAAGCAAACCCCAGGAAGGUCUAGAAAAUAGCUGUUGGCUGCUGUCUUCAGGUGACAGCAUACGACUCUCCAUGUCUAGAGCACCGUGUUCAGACACCUGGCAGUUCACCUCUUGACACUGGUAUCUGGGCUUUGGCUCUGGUUCCAGAGAGCACUUCAUGUGAGGGUGCACAAUAAGUGGUCUGGGUCCUCUGCCCCUCCUGUCGUGUUCUCUCUGCCUUGGAAGCAUCCUCAUCCCAAGUCCACGGCCUCUUCUGCAUCAGCUUCCCAGCAGCAAACUCCCACCUUCCACAGCACGUUGUAAUUUACUUUCUUUCCUGUUAUUAUUUUUUAUUAAAUGGUGUUCAAUAA